AUGGAUGACAACGAAUUUCACUUCAAGAACAACAAGGUUACUUCUACUGGUACCUCAACCCAGCGACUGGAAAUAGAUCCUGUCGCGGAGAAAAAACUGGUUCGCAAACUCGACCUUUCAAUCAUCCCACCUGUCACAUUACUAUACUUGUUCAGCUUCCUGGAUCGUGUCAACAUAGGAAAUGCUCGUCUUUACGGAUUGGAAGAGGACCUCAACUUGUCAUCUGACCGAUACCAGACUGCAGUGUCUCUACUUUUCGUUACAUACCUUCUCUUCGAGGUGCCCUCGAACAUUAUCUUGAAACACUACUGCCGUCCUUCGAGAUGGAUAGCUUUCAUCUCUGUAUGCUGGGGAAUUGUUGCGACGUUGACUGGUAUCGUGCAGUCCUUUGGAGGUCUCAUUGCUUGUAGAUUGCUUCUGGGACUCUUCGAAUCGGGUCUGUUCCCUGGAUUGGCAGUAUAUCUCUCCUUCUUCUACACCAAGAGGGAGAUCGGACUUCGAAUCGGCUACCUUUUUGUCAGUGCAGCAUUAGCUGGUGCAUUCGGAGGUUUGCUGGCCUAUGGUAUUGGUCACAUGGAUGGGGUUGCUGGCCAGAGUGGGUGGCGCUGGAUCUUCAUCCUCGAAGGCAUACCAACCUUUGUUCUCGGCAUCGCUUGUUGGUGGUGGCUAGCCGACGGUCCAGAGACUGCCUGGUUCCUGAACCAAGAGGAGAAGAAAAUUAUGGAGAUUCGCCGAUUGCAACAAGUCGGUGUGACCGAUGAAUUCGCCUGGCGAGACGUGCGCGCCGGUCUCAAGGACUGGAAGAUGUGGGCAUUCUGUUGCGCUCUGUUCGGCGCUGACACCAUGCUUUACGGCUACUCAACAUUCUUGCCAACCAUCAUCAAAAACAUUGACCCAACAUACUCAAGCGCCUUGGUUCAAGUCCUCACCAUCCCUUGCUAUGCUGUUGGUGCUAUCAGCUAUCUAAUCAUGGCACGCAUCUCAGACUGGUCACAAAAACGCGGCGUUUAUACCAUUAUUUUCGGCGUCAUCUCUAUCGCCGGCUAUGCUAUGUUGAUCUCAGACGGUGGCUCAAGUGUCCAUUACGCUGGCUGUUUUCUGGUCGCCUUGGGUCUGUACGUUGCUGUCGGUCUCCCUAUCGCUUGGCUACUGGCCAACAACCCUCGGUUUGGCAAGCGCACCACAGCUACUGGCUUGCAACUCAUGUUUGGCAACUGCGCUGGCAUCAUGUCAUCUUUUCUGUAUCCCAAAGAGGAAGGGCCUCGGUUCAUCAGAGGUCAUGCUGUCUCGUUGGGCAUGGUGUCGUUUGCCAUGAUUGUUUAUGCCUUCAUGUGGUGGUUCUUCAGCCAUGAGAACAAGAAGAGAAUCAAUGGCGAGCGUGAUUACAAGAUUGAAGACAUGAGCGAGGAAGACAUUACUGAUUUGGGUGAUGAGAACCCCAAGUUCCUUUACUCUAUCUGA